AUGGUCGUCGAUCCCAGGGAGGAACCAGCUUACGGUGUACUGGACGCAGGGAGCGCCGCCAACAAGGGCAUGGUGCUGGUCCGCCUCGGUCGCACCGGACCAGCAAUUGGCGUCGACAGUUUCGAGACCAACCUCCCAAACACGGUGGUACGAAACGUCCUGCGUGCUGGCGCGAAUGUCCACCUGUACCAAUCUGCGUGGAAUGCCCUCCCGUUCGCCAACGCGAGCUUUACCCUGGCGGCUGCAACGCUGGAAUCCCAUUCUCCGCGCCUGUCGCAACGGUCGCAAUCCCUAGGAGAGCUGGCGCGCGUCUUGAAACCCGGCGGGACACUGCUCCUCCUCGACCGUUCUUCUGCUCCAUCUGCCGAGGCCGCGAUCCAGCGUUUCCGGAGGGAGAGAUGGACGAUCAGCGAUCGUUUGCGGGUACUGGGCACGUAUUUGUACGACUUCAUAAUAACUAAUCCCGUGGGACUACGCAACCCAAUGUGUAUGGUGGGCUGCAGCGCCGGCACUGCCAUGCAUCUUGCCCCUUGA